GGUUCAAUGGCUUCAGAUAGAGAUGCUCCACCUGAAAACCCACCUGAAAACUUACAAGAAAACUCACAAGAAAGAGUUGCUUCGGAUACAAAUGCUCCACCUGAUACUGAAGCAAAAGAGGUUGCACGAGGCAUCACUAUUAUGAGGGAUAUCAUACGACAUAGAGACCAAGGAUUAGUAUACCGAUUGGAAUGGAAUUCUGAUAAACAACCAAUUGGUCCUAAUUCUGCAAAGUUGACAAGUUAUAUUGGUACACUUGUCCGUAUGCAUAUUCCAGUCUCCAUAGCUACCUGGAAAUCGAAGACGAAAAAUUUAGAAUUGGAGGAGAAAAAAACAAGCGAUUUGGGAAGAGCUUCAGAGGACUUUUGAGAUACCAGAUGAACGUAAAAGCUACAUACUUAGUUUGGCCGGCAAGAGAUAUAGAGGGUGGAAAAGUUUUUUGACAAACACCUAUCUUAAGGAUAAA